GGAGCCAGCCGAGUGACAGCAGAGACAGUUACCCAGCCACAGCGACAGGGUCGAGUCACAAACUACAGUUGUGUGAACUUUGAAGGUUUUCUGACAGUCGGGGGAGAAAGUAAUUUAAUAUUUCUCUCAGCGACGUCACGCUGUCCGGUUUCCUCACGCUGAGGGAUUGCGAUGCCCUCUGACUUUAUCUCCCUUUUCAGCGGGGACCUCGACUUGAAUUCUCCCAGAUCCUUGUACUCUAAAGAAUCAGUGUAUGACCUUCUUCCAAGAGAGCUGCAGUUGCCUUCCUCCACUCAGCAGAACCCAAAAGUCAUGAGUCAAAAGAGCGGUGGAGAGGCAGGGCCUCCUCCUUCAGUUGCUGUAGCAUCAGAUGCCAUGUCCUCUUCUAUGACCAUGGAAGGCCCCCGCAGUGCUUUUUCCACCUCUUCCAGCUCCACAAAGCAUUCCAGUUCUUCAGCAAAUGACCAGAAGCCAGUUCAGAGUGGCAAUGUUGACCCAGAGGACGCCAGGAACUGCAGGACGGUACCAGAGGUUGUCGGAGCAGAUAGUGGGAAUGGUAACAGCAGCAGUGGUGGUAGCUGCAAGGGUACCAGUGAGCUUGGAGGAGGGAGAGGUGUAACAUCCCAGGAGGCCCAGCCACAUCACCCGAUGACCCCGUCAAAGCGUCGGACUGUUCUGAACAUCUCUCCGCCUCCACAAGACCUGUUUGAUGAUAGCCGUAUGUCCUGUCAGGAAGAAACAUCCCUGGAUUCAGAGCAGAGCAACAGCAUCUGGAUGGAUGAUUCUCUCUCCAACUUCAGCAUCAUGAGCAGCGUCUCUUACAAUGACAACACAGAGGUGCCACGGAAGUCCCGAAAACGUACCCCUCGCCAAAGACCUGGGCCUAAGUCUGUGCCUGCAGAGGAGGCCAGCAUGGACGUGUUUGAUGCAGACAGUGCCAAAGGUCCACACUUUGUCCUGUCACAACUAGGCCCCGACAACAAGACCGGGCAAAAAGGAAGUUCUCAAGACGAUCCUCAGUCAACUAACCAGAAAGGAGGAACUCUUUCGAUGCAAUACCCGCAGAAGAGUGAGGGGAAGGAGCUGAAGAUCCUGGUCCAGCCUGAGACUCAGCACAGAGCCCGCUAUCUGACUGAAGGCAGCAGAGGAUCAGUGAAGGACCGCACUCAGCAGGGCUUCCCUACUGUAAAGCUGGAGGGGGUGAAUGAUCCAGUGGUAUUGCAAGUGUUUGUGGGGAACGAUACCGGGCGUGUGAAGCCUCAUGGAUUUUACCAAGCUUGCAGGGUGACCGGCCGCAACACCACAACCUGCAAGGAGGUGGACAUUGAUGGCACAACUGUCAUUGAAGUCUCCCUAGAUCCAAGCACCAACAUGACACUAGCGGUGGACUGUGUUGGGAUCUUGAAACUCCGUAAUGCUGAUGUCGAGGCUCGCAUCGGUGUGGCUGGGUCGAAGAAGAAGAGCACACGUGCUAGGCUGGUGUUUCGGGUCAACAUCCCCCGUCCAGAUGGUUCAGUGCUGACACUACAAACUCCAUCAUCUCCAAUCCUGUGUACCCAACCUGCAGGGGUGCCUGAAAUCCUAAAGAAGUCAUUACACAGUUGCUCAGUGAGGGGGGGAGAUGAAGUCUUUAUUAUUGGCAAGAAUUUCCUUAAAGACACCAAAGUCAUAUUUCACGAGAAUGUCUCUGAUGAGAAAUCGUGGAAAGCAGAGGCUGAAAUCGACAUGGAGCUUUUUCACCAGAAUCACUUGAUAGUCAAGGUUCCUCCGUACCAGAACCAAGCCAUCACCUCUGCAGUAUGUGUGGGGGUCUACGUGGUGACCAACGCGGGGAGAUCCCAUGACGUUCAGCCUUUUACCUACACUCCAGAUUCAGCAAAGAAUGAUGUUUCUGUGAAGAAAGAGGCGCCCUCUCCAGUGAAGACUUGUUCUUUUGAUGAACAAAUUAAAGUUCUAGAUAGUGCCUUGAUGCCUUCAAUGUUGCCUCUUGUGAAAAGAGAAGAAGUCACUCCGAUGGAGGUAACCAGCAACCUCCAGUCCUCUGGAGUAUUUAAGCAGACUGGUGACCUGUGUCCAACCCAACAGAACCCAGACAUGGCUGUAGGCCAUCUAAAUAAGAACAGACCAUUCUCCAACAACCUGUCUCAGCCUGCAGGUGACCCUGACAAAGGCCAGGCUCCUGUUUUUACCAAUACAGAGCCUUUAAGCACCAUCCAGAAGCAGGACAUUGCUGCCACCAGCUCAUACUCUGUGCCAGCAGACUCCCUGCUCCAGCAAGGCUCACAGCAGUUCCUCUUGGAACCAAGAGAGGGCCUCGGACAGGAGAGGCCAGGCAGUGGCUCUGGAUCUGUGGGAAGGCUGUGCGGCGAACCCCCACCUCAACAGCAGCAGCUACCCAUGUUCCCCCCAGACGAAGUGGCCCAGUUGGAGGAGGCAGUGAGACAACUUAAAGCCAAAGGGUUCUGUCGCUUACCACUUCAGCCUGACAACUCGAUGGCCAAACAGCAGCAACACAUGCAGCACCAACAACAGAUCCAAAAACAGCAAAUUCAGCAGCAGCAACAGCAACAAAUACAGCAACAACAGCUUCAGCAGCAGCAACAACAGCAGCAAGUUUUGGAGAAUCUACAGCAGCAGCUUUUUCAGUCGCAGAUCCAAAUGCAGUGCGGCAUGUUUCAGGAUGCCUCUCAGGGCAAGAACGCAGAGCAGCAGGGCUCAUCACAAGGAGUAGUACCAAACCAAGGGACCCUUUUCCAGCAGGCUCAGCAGCAGCAACAGCAGCAGCAGCAACAGCAGCAACAAGCAGCUAUGUUUCAGCAGGCAAAUGACCUGCUCUCUAUUCAGACCAACUUCCUCCAGCAGACCCCCUCACACCCGUCACCACCAAUGUUCCACAAUCCCAGUUCUUUGGCUGAAACUCAAGAUCCACAAGGGGCUCUGUUUCAUAAUCAGAAAGCCUCUCACACUCAAGAGCAGGUCCAGGCUGCUCUAUUCCAAAACACCAUGACAGUACUACAGUCCCCAGACCAACAGCCCUCAACCCCAAGUCUUUUCCUCCCUCAGACAUCCCUGCCAUCUCAGCUUACAACCAGCAGUGCUCAACAACAACAGCAGCAACAGCAGCAACAACAACAACAACAACAACAACAACAACAACAGCAGCAGCAGCAGCAGCAGCAACAACAGCAGCUGGCCUUUCUCAGUGCUCUGCAGACCCCUGCCCCUGAACCUCAGUCAGUGUUUCAGGCUCAGACCCAGCUAUCUCCUAUUCAACAGAGAAGUCCCAUAGAUCAGCAACAGCCUUCCCAGCCUCAGCCCCACACACAACCAGCUCAGCAGGCUUCUCUGUUUCAGAGCAUCUCCCAACAUCCAGCUGCAAACACACUUUCUCCGGGCCAGCAGCAGCAACAGCAACAGCAACAGCAGGCCGGCCUACUGUUCUGUAACAACCCCCUGUCCACUGCAGACCAGACCUCUAAUCUCCUGUUCAGCAGCCAGGGCCAGAUGCCUCCAUUGACAAGCAGCAGUCUAGUUUCCCAAGAGCCCCAAAACCCCUCUCUGCUUUUUUCCCAAGCCAACAUGGUGACAGUGAACCAGCAGGAUCGCUCUGAGCCCAUGGCCUUAGGGAACCCUGCUGAUCCACGGCAGCAAGUGCUGUUUCAGGACCAACAGCCGAUGCAGCUUAGCAGCAGCUCAAACAACCGGCAGGAGCAGCCCGUGGGCCUCUUCAUGCCUCAGUCUAACAUGGCCUCUCUGCAGGGGGGAAUGGCUGCUCAGGAGCUCGCACAGUCAGCCAUGUUUGCCUCACAGAACGGUGUGGCGAACCUCCAGACGACCACCUCUUCACCUGUUCAGCAGCCAGGGACUCUGUUUCAGUCCGCUGUCAGUGGGACCAUCAAUCAGCCCAGCCAGCCUCAACAACCUGGCCUAUUUCUGUUUGGUAUUCAGAAUGAAUGUGGCCAGCUGAUGAACACUCCUGGAAACACGCUGUCGGAUCAGAUUAUAGCCAUCAGCCAGUCUGGUCAAAACCAAAGAGAGAGUGAAGCACACAUUCAGUCACUGCUCAGCCAGUCGCUGUCACAGUCUGCGACUGUGCAGAACAGCAUAGCUGCCUCUCAAAACAUGGAGAAGAUUGAUGACCUGCUGGUCAGCUUGCAAGAGUCGGGCAGCAACUUAACACGUUCAUACUAACCUUUAAACAGGAUUUGUCUUUCAUUUUUUAAUGAUAAUAUUUGGAAUCAUUGUAAAAUUUCAAGAAAAAAAGUCUGUUGAUAAUUAUACUGCACAUUAUGUACUUAUAUCUGAUCACCAAUUGUUUUGCUGCCCUACUAACACAUGACUUGGUCCCCUUCAGGACUGAGUAUUUAUUAGGAAAGAACAUUGAAGGUGAGAAGCGGCAUUUGGCCCUUUCUAUCAGCUUUUCCUCUGGAAAGACAGUAACUUAGUGGCCUUGUUAUUCAUGUAAAAUGAAGUUUUGUUCAUAUCUAUAUAGAUGUCAGUGAUGUUAUUUGCAACAUCUUUCGGUUACAGUGGUCUUUUCUAAAGGGUUCUCCAAAGUGUCUAGUGUUUUCCAUGAAUAGUGUUCCCUUUAACUUGUCUGUUGUAAUUUCUUUUAUCGUGUUUCCUGGUUGCAUGGAGGGUGAAGUGUGUGUUAUGGAAGGAAGGUUUUGACAGCAUGUGGUAUGUAUAGUUAAAGGUAGAAUGGGUUGAAUCUUUUUUUCAUUAGGAUCCAACAGUGCAGAAAGUGUAUGGAGAUGAGAGAAGGUUAGAAGCAGAAAGUAGAAAGGGAAGUAUGUAGGUAUGUGGGUGCUUAUUUUUUAAUAGUGUAGCAACAAGCUUGCCUCUGAUAAUAUAAAUGAACUCACUCUAGCUGUCUCUUAUGGCCCACAGUGACUUUAGUUUUCAUUGAUUAAUACAAUAAUAAGCAAGAAGAAACUUGGCUCAGUAGGUGUAUGACCUCAUAUUAUGGCUUUUGUUCACCAUCUACAACCCAGUUAAAUUAAGCUGAUCCCAGCUUGUUUGGUACAAUAAUGCCUAUAAAAGAUUUGUAGUUCAGCAAUGUCACCACCAGCUGUGGAUGAAUCAUAUCACUCAAUAUCAGAUACUUUGCUCCACCACAGUGUACAAAACGCUCUUUGUAAGCAAACAUGUUCAGGCUAACAUUUAGUCUGUAUUCAUCCAAACUGAACUGUGUCAGUUUGAUACGUUUUUUUACUAGAAUCUCAUGUUAUACAUUACAAAGAGUUGAAUAUUUAGGAAAGUGUGAUGGUAGAAGUAUAAUACUUCUUUUUUUACAUGUAUAUUCAGCACUUUACGUUGCUGUUCUUUGUGACCACUUUACUCUGCGAGGGUACAGUACAGUCCCACAAGAGGUGCUGUUGUUUUCAGCUUCCUCUUCCUCAUUGUUUACAGUGAAGAAGAUAUAUUUUUUUAAACACAUCAUGAAACACACCAAGCUGGGAGGACCAUAGCACACAGAUCAGAAAGCAUUUGAGUUAUUUUUAUCUACUUGCAUAGCAACAUUUGUGAAGCAAAUUCACAAAAUAAAGUCCACUAGACUGGUGUGAAGCCAGUGUCAUUAAGUUCACUAUUUCCUAUUGGUUAAAAAAGUUUUAUGGUCUGCAUUUUGUAUUAGAUUUAUGCAUCUCAUUGCCAGCCAUGUCACUACUAUUACUAUUAAUUCCCAAAACUAAACAAAGACAUUAUUUAUUCUGAAAAAGCAGCAUAGACAUCUGGACAAAUGAGGAUUAAAAUGUGGAUCAAUAUAUUUUAAGUCAGGCUUCAAAUUCUGUAACUUCAUUUGAUGUGAAACUCUUAUUUAAAUACAUGCACCUAAUAGUAGAAAUUGUAGAAUGUAAUAUAGUAUAUUAUUAUGUUUGUUAUAAGAUCAUUUUGAGUGUAAGUGUCAUUUUGUUGGCAUCAUACUGCGUCAGGCACGCAAGAACUGGAAUAGUAUUCUUAGACCAGCUAGAAAGAGCCUUUUCGCCAGUUUUAUUAAUGUGAUGGAUUUAGUGAAUGUUAAAGAGAAGCAAUAGUUUGCUGGCUAUGACUCUACUUUGUGCAUCUCAUCCAGGUCGGUAUUAACAUGCAGGAAUAGAGCCCAUUUUACACGCUUUCUUGUACAUGCAAAUGUCUUUGUCUGCAGUUGGCCAGUGGCGGUCACCUCAGGACCAAAGUCUGACUCCUUCUUGCUUUGCAUGCAAUCCUGAUGACAGGCCAGUUUUAUGGCUCGUUAGCUUUUAUCUUCUUGUUUCUGUUUUGCCAUUUGACAUUAAAAGAAAACAUAGCUCACAGUAAAUAGCAAAACUAUUUUUUCCUUCUCUUUUAUUGUUGGCAUGGCACCCUGCUUCCACUUUUUUUUUUUCUUUCUGUAAUUUGUUGUAUUGUUUUGUUAGUUUCACUGUAAAUGUAUGCGUGAACAAGGGGCUGGUCUCUGACAAACGUGCUCAGUUUAAUGCCUCCAUUGUUGUCUUGUUUUAUCUGUACAGUUUAUUAGAACUACAUCAUUCUUGAUACCUUUACGUUUUAUACACUUAAAAAAAACAGGAACAGCUAUUGUGUUGUGAUGGAGAUAAUGUAAACUUGACUAAUGUGAUUUGUGGAGCUACGGUGUGUCAGUUUGAACAGAGUGGUUUUUAAAGGGACCCUACUCCUGAAGGAAACCUGACUUUGGAGAAAAGAGCUAUCUGUGAUUGGCUUUCUUCACCUUGUGAAACAGAAGAACUAAGAUUUUCCAGUGUUGAGUAUUUAUGAGUUUAUUUGUUUUUUUGUUUGUUUUAGAAAGACUUUAUCUUCUUUUUUUUUUUAAUCGGUGUAGUACCUGUGCUUCUUUUCGAAAAAGCAUGUCUAAUUUAUUUGUGUGUCGUUAUUAUCUAAAUUGUAUCAUGUAAUCAUAGUUGUGUUCAGAUCUUUCUACCUGUAUUUGAUGACAGCGGUGUGGUUUGGCGCCCACACCUGCUGGUACUGUAUCUGGAACCUUGGGAUGAUGGUGAUGAUGCCUUUUAAAUGAUAGUAAAGUGCUAUGUGCACUAUGAAUGAUAUGUACAUUCCUCUGCACAGUUACUCCUUUGUGAUUUUGGAAGGUGAAUGAAUAUACACUUUAAUGUACAUAUCAUGCUUUUUCAAGGCUUUUAAUUGGACCUCCGGCCCUGUAACUCCUUUAUUGACCAAAACCGUUAACACCAGGGCAUAACGGCACCAAACUUCAACAACAAGAGCCCUUUAAAAUAGGACCAACAAAUUCCAGUAUUUUAACUAUGAAUAUAGUACUGAAUGUAAUUGUACAGCAUGGCUGUUAAAGCUUAUAUUCAGAAUGUUUUAAUACACGCUGGGGAGUAACUUUUUAAAAUUACAGUUCCCUCAUUUGUGUAUUUACAAUGUAACUGGAGGUUGUAGAUGUUUAAAUGUGCAUCUCGUACAGUAAUGGAAAACGAGGAGGAUUGUUUAUAAAAGUUCUCAUAUUUUUCUCAAGAUGCAACAGACUAAACGUCAGUUUUCUCUGUUUAUACAAUAGAACAAUAUCUGGGUUUUUUUGCCAUUACAAGUUAAUUUAAUAUCAACAAAUUGAGUCUAUCACAGUAAAUAUUUUUCCUAAAAUGUCACUUUAGACACUAGUAAAUAUUGUACAUGUGCCUUGAGAAAACGUUAUAGUAGAGGGCAGAUUUAUGUUUUACGUUUUGAUGUUAGUCCUCGACAACUAGAAUGUUGCAAGCCAUAAGACUUUAAGUGUGCUUCUAAUGCUCUACAACAAUGACCAGAUAAACGUGGUUGUGGUUGAUAAAUGUGUUGUGCAAUUUUCUGUCACCUAACUUUGUUUGUACUGAAGUAUCCAUUGCAUUUAUGUUAUACAACGUAGAUGCAGACACAUUUUCUCUGAAACUGCUAUGCAGCUAAUAUACUGUAAAUGUAGAUUUGUUAGUUUUUGAAUAUAUAUUUUUCUAUAUAGCCUCUCCCAUUUUCAACAUAAAGGAGAAACCAAAAUAGAUUUUCUUUCUAUUAUUUAUGUUGCUUAUUGAAAUUUCCGAUGCUUUGAGUGAUGCCGAAACUGAUUUGAAAUAUCUGUCUUUUAAUGCAAAUUUCCCUUUUCAACAAUCAUCUCAGACCUUGACUUUCCUGUUUUUUUUCUUUUGUGAGACAAGGGUCAAUAACAUCAAGUGUUUUUUAUUCCCUUCUGCUUGUAUGAUUUUUGUGGGAGUUUGUGUUAUAUCCAGACUCACUGUUUCCUGGAGCAGCGGUUCUUGAUCUUUCUGAUUUCUCUCAGGGCCUAAGUUACCAGGAUGCCACUUAGUUCUUUUAUGUCUUAUUUGUCAGACCAGUAAAUGUCAAUACACACCAGAUUCAUGUUUUUUGCCCCCUAUAAUUUAAUAAUUACAGAUUUCCACAUUCUGCAACAACAACAAAAAAAGUCAAUAUUCAUUGUCAUUUGUUCUGCGUCUGGUAUUAUUUCUUAUCAAACCCAUUUGCUCACUCCAUACUUCUGUGAUGUCUUAAACGUGUCUUCACUCCCAACACAAUUGAACCACUCCUCCAGUAUACAGUGUUUUUUGUCCUGGAAAUAGAAAGGGGAAAUUUGCCUUUAUGUUUCUAACCAUGUGAACAACUGUCAAAUAAUCACCCUUAAGAAAAAAAAUCUCUAUGUAUUUGGCUUUUGUUGGGAUAUUUUUAUUCUCUUGCAAUCUAAUUUCUGUAAACUUGCUGCUAUCUAUAUUAAACAUAUAAACUUUUA